AUGCUCAUUGAUUUUUUGUGUUUUGAUGUUAAGAAAUAAACCUUAAUUUCCACCAUCGAAGUCAGCGGUAUCAGUAUUUGUAAUGAAAAGAUAUUUGACAAAAUGUAAAUUAUCCCAUCCUUCAAGUCAGCUUUUAGUAGUUUUGAAUCAACAAUGGAUUUAUUGGCCUUCUCAAUUUUUAUCGGUGUAUCUUGGGCAUAUAUGGUUGUGAUAGCUAUCCUAUUGGUUCCUUUCAACUACACAAUUGAGCAAAUCGGUUAUGUGAGUAUAGUCUAUGCGGCAACAGGAACGAUUGGAGGGACAGUUGCUAGCAUUUACAUGGACCAUUAAGCCAAGAAUCAUCAAUAACCUAACUACGAUUAUUUGAUUAAAACUUUCCUUACAAUCGGAGUCUUCGGAAUAUUGAUAAAAUCCCUAAUCAUUAACUAUGUUAGUGAUAUUGUUAUAGUGAUACUAUCAGGAAUCAUAGGAUUGGGGCUGAAUUCCUUUCUUCCCUUAGCCUUACAGUGCUAUAUAGAAAAACUAUUUCCAUCAUUUGAAUUGGUUCUCACAACCAUCAUAAUGCAAAUGUCAAAUCUCCUAGGGUUCGUUUUGAAUUACAUUCUAAUCUUAGACGUAUUCCUAGAUGUAGGAUUGUAUGUGAUUUUGAUCGGAUUGAGUCCCUUUUACAUUUACUUGAUCUUCUUUUACAAGACUAAAUUUAAGAGAUUGUAAAUAGAAUAGGAACUUGAGCUGCAUACAAUGUGA